AUGCCCCCGACUGUCAAAAAGAGUAAAAAGCAGCCAGCACCGGCUCCACUCGCUAAACCAAAGGUCGCUAAGCUAAAGAAUCCAUUUUUUGAGAGAACACCACGCGAUUUUGGUAUUGGCCGUUCAAUACGACCGAAAGUGAAUUUGUCACGCUACGUCCGUUGGCCAAAAUACAUAAAGAUCCAACGUCAACGCAGAGUUUUGCUACAGAGACUUAAAAUACCACCAGCUUUAAACCAGUUCAACUAUACAAUUGACAAGAGCCAAGCGUUGCAGUUGCUUAGAUUUCUGAGUAAAUACAAGCCAGAGACGAAGAAGGAAAAAGCAGCAAGACUUUUGAAGGACGCAGAACUUGCAGCAUCGGGAACAGAAGUGGCAACAAAGAAGCCAUUUAUGCUCAAAACGGGACUAAGCCACGUGACAAACUUGGUCGAGUACAAGAAGGCGAAGCUAGUUGUAAUCGCACACGAUGUGGAUCCAAUAGAUCUAGUUUUAUGGCUGCCAGCAUUGUGUAGGAAAAAGGAAGUGCCAUACUGCAUAAUCAAGAGCAAGAGUAGGUUGGGAAAGCUGGUUCACCAGAAAACAGCAGCAGUAGUGGCAGUCGACAAUGUUAGGAAGGAAGACCAGGCGGAAUUUGAUAACCUGGUCAAGACAUUCACAGCAAUGUUCAAUGAUAACUCAGAGUUGAGGAAGCGCUGGGGAGGCCACGUAAUGGGAAUAAAGUCCCAACAUGUAAUAGCGAAACGCGAAGCUUUAAUCGCCAUGGAAAACGCCAAGAAAUUAGGUUUAACUUACAAUUAA